CAGGGUGGAGAUUAGAUUAGGAAAAUGAGCAGCUAAAUCCACCAUGCUCAGAUUACUCAAAAGGAUAGAGUAACACACACACACACACACACACACACACACACACACUCUCACACACACACACACGCACUGGAGCAGGUAAGGAAGUGUAACAGGUAAGUUAAUGAUGAAGUAUUGUUUGAAAUGAUCCUGGAGGUGUAAACUUUAUUUGAUGUGAGGUUUUAUUUGCUGUAAGAGACGUCAUGGCUGUGGAUGUGGAGAAGAUCAUCCAGUGCAUCACACACGGAGACCAGGACAGCGUCCUGACGCAGCUGGACCACUACAACACCGAGUUUGCACAGUGUUUCUUUUUUAAUGUGGAGGAAAGAGAGAGGAGAAAGCAACGAGAGCUGGAGGAGUUCCGCAGGAAUAAAGUGAGAGACUACGUUCCAGACCCGGACUCAGAAUUCGGCUCAGGAGAUGAAGACAGUGAGGAUCCAGACCUGGUCCUGCGAAGGCGGUUGGCUGAAGCUCUGCUCCGGUUCAUCCGGACUCGUCUCCAGCCCAGCGUUCUCAGUGCGUGUUUGCGUACACUACGUAUUCUCUCCCGUGACCGCCAGGCACUCGCGCCCUUCAUCACUGACUCGGCCAUCCUCACCCUCGCCUCCCUGGGUGGCAUCAAAACCCCACCCCUUUCUCACCAUGACAAUGAGGAGGAGGAGAAGGAGAUAGGAGAAGAGACCGUGGACAGCGUCGCCUCCGCCCCCUCACACACCCCACACUGUGUGAGCGAGGACAUCACGGAGAUGGAAAGAACUGAUGACAUCUACGGAGUGUUGACGAGAGGAAAGAGGGACGCCAGAGAGGAGGAAGACGAGGAGAGGAGCGAGUGGUAUGAUGAUGGAGAGGUGUGGAGGAAAGAAGCCAUGAAGACUCUCUGUAAUAUCAUCUACAACAGCCAGAGGGCGCAAGAGAGGGCCAGUGCACUGAGACUCCUCCCAGGUCUUUCGGAAAAGCUGAAGGAUGGCAUUCGCUCUGUGUCGCCCCCCAGUGGUCAGUUCUAUGAGCUGCGGCUGCUGUUCCUGUUGACGGCUUUAAGGCCUGAACUCAGACGACAGCUGCGGCAGGAGCGUGGCGUGUCCAUGCUGACGGCUGCUCUGGAGCAGUGUUUGGAAGUUCAGUGGGCUGAUGUGUACGAGGUGGUGGCCUGGGACUCCGAGUCGCCCCCUGUCUGUAAGGAGGUCUCUCAGCGUGCCAUUGAGAUCCUGAAAGUCCUGUUUAACGUCACGUACAGCUCGCACACACAGCAACCUGAUGAGGAGGAUGCAGCUCUGUAUCGCCGCCUAGCUGCUGUACUGCGUCACUGCCUGCUGCUGCCCUGCCAAGGGGAAGAACUGACCGAGGAACUACAGGGGCAGACGGUGAAUGUGUUGUCAGCACUCCCUCUGCAGUGUCUGGACGUCCUGCUCUCGGCUUGUCUCUCUGAGGGAUCGAGGGAAUCGGGCGGAGUCAACAUGGACUGUGUCCACUCACUGCUAUUGUUCAUGGAGAGGAGACUGGACAGAGGUCAUAAGCUGAAGGAGAGACUGACUCCGGUGCUGAACCUCCUGACUGAGAGCUGUAGGGCUCACAGAGAAACACGACACUACUUCAGACAGCAGAUUCUGCCGCCGCUGAGGGACGUGGCGCUGAGACCCGAGCAAGGAGACACGAUCCGUAACAAAUUGGUGAGACUGAUGACGCACGUGGACACGGAGCUGAAACACUGUGCCGCUGAGCUACUGUUUGUGCUCUGCAAAGAAAACGUGGGCCGGUUCGUGAAGUACACUGGUUAUGGCAAUGCAGCAGGUUUGUUAGCAGCCCGAGGCCUCCUGAGCGGUCGCAGCUCGACUCCUCAGUCUAAGUACUCCAGUGACUCAGACUCGGACACGGAGGAGUACCGACAGGCCAGAGACAGGAUCAACUUGGUGACGGGGCGAGUCGAGGAGCCGCAGCCCGACCCCAUGGAGGGGAUGAGUGAGGAGGAGAAGGAGGCCGAAGCUGUGCGUCUUGUCACCAUGUUCAACAGACUCUCCAGGGAUAAGAUCAUUCAGCCGAUGUCGGUGACACCGGACGGCCGACUGGCGCCUCUCUGUGGCAGUAUGAGAAAUAGCGCCCUGGAAGAGGAGGAAGAGGAGGAAGAGGAGGAGGAAGAAGAAGCAGACUGUGAGGAAGUGGAUUAGGAUGUGAUCCUGAACCCUGAACCUCCAUCAUUCAGUUCCAGCUCUUAUCCAAUUGCUAAUGUAGUGGACUGAAUGUGGAUUUGGUAGGGAGGUAGAUAUGCAGGUACAGGGUUGUUAAUCAGUGGCGUAGAUGGAGAGCAAAAGAAAGGGAUCACAAAAAGAUACGGGGAAAAAGAGAAAGAGAAAACUGACAGUCCGAGAUACAGUACAGAAAAGGGAAAAGAGAUGAAGAAUGAUAUAUAACAUGUACAUAAAAGCACAGACCAUGGCAGUUCUAUAUACAGGAUAGUGUGUGUGUGUGUGUGUGUGUGUGUGUGUGUGUGUAGUCACAUGAUAGCAGCAUCCCUGUAGGAAAAUAUGUAAUAAUUUUUGAAGAGAGUGAGAGUUACAGUGAGAGAGAGAGAGAGAGAGAGAGAGAGUGAGAGAGAGAGAGAGACACAAAGAAAGACAGCCAUCAUUGCAGACAGAAAAAUGCUAGCAAGGUUGCCAUGACUGCGUUGCCAUGGUAACUACAGGAAUAUGUAGUUCUCCAGAUUUGAGAUCUAUCUAUCUCUCUCCCUCUCUCUCUCUCUCUUUUCCAAAGACUGAAGUGUUUACCUCGGAUGAGAGCUGCUGAGGUUCAAAUCUAAUGCCGUGUGAGCUGUAAUGAAAGAAUAUUAGCAGCUAAAUAAAAAAAC